AUGGCCUCGACUACAGACAUUCCAAGCGCAUCGUCGGACUCGCCUGAGAGCUUCACCUUGCAUGUCUUGUGUCCAUCAUUACCUCCUCCUAAUCGGUACACCAUUCAAGAUGUGUCCCCAUCUACGACUGUCGCGGAUCUGAAGGCUCGACUCGCAGGAGCAAUUCCGAGCCAGCCGUCUCCGGACAGCCAACGUUUGAUUUAUCGUGGGAAGCCACUGCUGAAUGAUGCGGCAGCGUUGAGAGAUGUACUGGAGCCGCCUAAUGCCACCGAGUAUUCCAUCCAUCUUGUUCUUCCUCCAUCUCCUGAAUCUUCGGCACCACGCAACCUCAGCUCUUCUGGUCCGCAACAACCACAAUUCAUUCCGGGUUCUGCUAUUCACCUUCCAUCGAUGACCCUUCGACCUGAACCACCCACACCCAGAGCUGAGCCAGACCGCACAGGCGCGUCUGAAGCCGAGGUCGGACUGGCCUUGCGACCUAAUAUUGAGACAAUUCGCCGACAGAUCGAGAUGCGGGACCGAGGCAACUUGUCGGGAGGCACAACCGCCUUCUCGUCCAGCUUGAGCCCAGCACUUUCGGCUGCCCAGCAGCAGCGACCAACGUGGCCAGAUCGAUCGUCCUCGGUGUCUACAACACGCCAAGAACUGCCACAGACAUUCUCACCUGAGACAGUGGCAGCCACUGGUCUUUCAAACACAGCGUCUCUUUCUAGCGCUCUAGUAACGGAAGAGUGCCUGCAGAUAUUGAGUCGUCAAGUGGAAUUAGCAGAAAGCCAGCUGAACCGCGGCAUUGCGCCUCCGAUGAAUCACAUAAUUAGAAUCCGAACACAUUUACUCUCCAUCCUGGAUGAACAGUGUAUGAACCCUCUUGCUGAACGCGAUGGCUCAAUGGAAGGGCUACUGUCCCGCGUCUUCAAUAUAUACACGCGCGCCCACCAACUCCGCCUGUCUGAAGCCGGGUUUCCACGAUUGCAGAACACCUCAGCCAGUGCUGCGAUCGCUAUGUCCGCACCUGGACCAGCUUCCUUGUAUCUACUAUCAUCCCCAUACGGAUACCAGGGGCUCCUUUCCUCGCCCCAAGGGGCAGAGGCUAUGCAGGCAACCAUCGAGAGACUUCGCGCAACUCACCCCCCAAAUCGCACACCAAACCAAGAUACUGCUCCGGUGCCUGAGAUUCCCCCCAACGCGAACGCAGCCGUCUUGGAGAAUGUCGUUCGCCGGGCUGUGCUCAACCAGCGGGGACUCGACAAUAACCCCAACCAGAACGGACAACUGGGCUUUGCGCGGAUCAUGCUACGGCUCUGGCAGUUCGCCCGGCUAUAUUUCUUCUGCUACAUGUUCACCGAACCCGGGACUUGGCUGCGCGUGUUCUUUGUGACGCUGGCCGUGCUCUUCGUGCUAUCCUCGGAAACCGGGGUGGAUCAGCGACUGUACCAGUUGUUUGUGGCUCCGGUGCAGCAACACCUUGAAGGUCUAGUUCAUCUGACGCCUAAUGAGCCGGCUCAGGCCCAAGGCCACGGUGGCCAAGGUGCUGUUGGUGGUGGUAGUGGUGGUGGCCCAACGAACGGCAAUCCCCGCACAGGGGUUGUAGGUGAAAUGCGUCAUCAGCUGCGGAGGGUGGAGCGAUCUGUGGCGUUGUUCAUUGCGAGCCUGGUGCCCGGAGUAGGCGAGCGCCAGGUUGCGGUGCGCAAUGCUGCGGAAGCUGCGCAGCGCGUACGGGAGGAGGAAGAACGCCGUCAACGUGAGGAAGCACAGCAGCAACAGCAGCAGGAGCAGCAGGAAGAGCAGGAGAACCACGUGGAUGCAGCGCAGAGUGAAGGUCACACUAUGAUACCCCAGGCAGCCGAGAACUGA